AUGUGUGUGUGUGUGUGUGGCGAGGGUGGGGCGCCGCCCCCAGCCGCGCGCCAGGCCCGCGGUAGUAAUCCCCGCUCCCAUCUUGUUUGGCCGACUGGUGCAGGCUCAAGCCGCCUGGUGCAGGCUCAAGCCGCCUGGUGCAGGCUCAAGCCGCCUGGUGCAGGCUCAAGCCGCCUGGUGCAGGCUCAAGCCGCCUGGUGCAGGCUCAAGCCGCCUGGUGCAGGCUCAAGCCGCCUGGUGCAGGCUCAAGCCGCCUGGUGCAGGCUCAAGCCGCCUGGUGCAGGCUCAAGCCGCCUGGUGCAGGCUCAAGCCGACUGGUGCAGGCUCAAGCCGACUGGUGCAGGCUCAAGCCGACUGGUGCAGGCUCAAGCCGACUGGUGCAGGCUCAAGCCGACUGGUGCAGGCUCAAGCCGACUGGUGCAGGCUCAAGCCGCCUGGUGCAGGCUCAAGCCGCCUGGUGCAGGCUCAAGCCGCCUGGUGCAGGCUCAAGCCGCCUGGUGCAGGCUCAAGCCGCCUGGUGCAGGCUCAAGCCGCCUGGUGCAGGCUCAAGCCGCCUGGUGCAGGCUCAAGCCGCCUUGUGCAGGCUCAAGCCGCCUGGUGCAGGCUCAAGCCGCCUGGUGCAGGCUCAAGCCGCCUGGUGCAGGCUCAAGCCGCCUGGUGCAGGCUCAAGCCGCCUGGUGCAGGCUCAAGCCGCCUGGUGCAGGCUCAAGCCGACUGGUGCAGGCUCAAGCCGACUGGUGCAGGCUCAAGCCCCCUGGUGCAGGCUCAAGCCGCCUGGUGCAGGCUCAAGCCCCCUGGUGCAGGCUCAAGCCGACUGGUGCAGGCUCAAGCCGCCUGGUGCAGGGUCAAGCCCCCUGGUGCAGGCUCAAGCCGACUGGUGCAGGCUCAAGCCGCCUGGUGCAGGCUCAAGCCGCCUGGUGCAGGCUCAAGCCGCCUGGUGCAGGCCGGGAUGUUGACCUGUAG